CUAGGCUCGGAUUCCAGAGAGUUCCAUCGUACCUCCAGCGACAACCCCCACCUGAGCUCUGUGCUGGAGCAUUUAUCGUCGGCCAUCGCCAACAUUAUUUCUGAGCCAUUGGUUUUUUUUCCUGAGCGUGUCUUCGAUCCAUCUUCUAAAGUCUCCGACUCUACGUCUCAAUUGGCAACUAGCUACAGCUUCUUGCGAUUUCAAUCUCAUACGGCAUCAGCUAUCCUGUGGUGACCUGAUCUGCUACCCCGCACUUCUUCUCACUGACUGUAUAGAGCUCAGACUCGUAACCUCGUCUUUUCAACAUACUGAACCAACUUCAACACAGCUCAGACCAGUAGAACGGCCCCCAACCGCCAAAAUGUCUGCUGAGGGUACCGAGACCAAGCCGACACGCCCCCGCGUCUUCUUCGACAUCACUGUCGGCGGUAAGCCCGUCGGCCGUAUCACGAUGGAGCUUUACAGCGAUCUCGUCCCCAAGACGGCCGAGAACUUCCGCUGCCUCUGCACUGGCGAGAAGGGCCUGGGAAAAUCCGGAAAGCCUCUCCACUACAAGGGCUCUACCUUCCACCGCGUCAUUAAGCAAUUCAUGAUCCAGGGCGGUGACUUCACCGCCGGCAACGGCACCGGCGGCGAGUCCAUCUACGGCGCAAAGUUCGAGGACGAGGCCUUUCCCGUUAAGCACGACCGCCCUUUCCUCCUGUCCAUGGCCAACGCUGGGCCUAACACCAACGGCUCCCAGUUCUUCCUUACCACCGUACCGACACCCCACCUCGACAACAAGCACGUCGUCUUUGGUGAAGUCCUCAACGGCAAGUCCGUCGUGCGCCACAUCGAGAACCUGCAGACUGAGACGGGUGACAAACCUGUGAAGGAGGCUGUCAUCGCCGACUGCGGCGAGCUCACCGGCGAUGCUGCCCUCGCAGCCGACGUGAAGGCCCCGGAUGCUAUGGGCGAUACCUAUGAGGACUUCCCUGAGGACUGCGCAAGCCCCCCCGACGCCAAGGAGGUCGUCAAGAUCGCCACAGCCUGCAAAGACUUUGGAAACAAGGCCUUCAAGGCCGGCGACUUCAAUCUCGGCCUUGAGAAGUAUGAAAAGGGCCUUCGCUACCUCAACGAGGAGCCGGACCUCGAAAAGGAGCCCCCCUCCACCAAGACGGAGCUCGAGGCCCUUCGCUUCUCCCUCAACAACAACUCGGCCCUGCUGAGCCUUAAGAUCGAGGCUUGGGAGGACGCCGUCAAGUCAGCCACGUUCGCCCUCGAGGUGCCGGGCAUCAAGGAUGUGGACCGCGCCAAGGCCCUAUACCGCCGCGGCUUCGCCAACGUCCGCCUCAAGGACGAGGAGGCCGCUAUUAAGGACCUCGAAGAGGCACACAAGCUCGUUUCUGAUGAUAAGGCCAUCAUCAACGAGCUCAACACCGUCAAGCAGAAGGCGGCUGCCCGUGCAGCCAAGGAGAAGGCGGCGUACAAGAAGUUCUUCCAAUAGAUAAGGUACACUUGGGGGCUAGGGAGGUAGGAAGAAAAGUUUUGGUGCCGGCUUGGAGCAGGCAGCCAACACGAGGGAGGAAUGAUGACUAUUAUGAUUUCGGGCGACAAAAGAAAUACACACAAAAGGUACUGUUCUUGAUUCAUCAGAAUACAUUGGGGGCGUACGGAGGUACCGGGAUCGAGAAGGGAACAAAAGCCCAUAACCACCAAUUCAAGGAGUCGCGUAGAUACCUCUCUGGCUGGGAAUAAAUUAACAUCACUAUA